AUGGGCAGCGUAUCCAACUCUCUACCCACGCUGGCAAACUUCUCCCUGAAUAUCAGCUCGAUCGCCGGGACCAGCUCCACCAGGAUCAUCUCCAUCGCCGGAACCAGCUCCAUCGCCGGCACCACCUCCAUCGCCGGGGUCGGCUUCGGAACUAGGAACAGCUCCAUCGCUGGGACGAGCUCCAUCGCCUGCAUCAGCUCUAGAACUAGCCUCAUUCUCACAGGGACCGUCUUCGGAACUAGGACCAGCAUCGUAACCCACGUCGGCAUCAGUUCCAAACUCAUCAAGACCACCAACGGCAGCAGAAUUGGCACCGGUGGCAAGAUGAGCUCCAGAGCUGCGUUCCUCAACAGAACAGCGUGUAUCACCAGGGCGGCCUUCAGCGCCUGGAGCAAUUCCGCCGUUGAGAUGAGUUGCGCCGCUCGAACUUACUCCGGUGCUAGAAUUAACUUCGGUACCAGAGACAUGAGCUGGGCCGGCGCUGGUGUCGGCGCCAAUGUCGAUGGCAGAAUCGCUAUCAUCGAAAUCGACGCCAUCGUCGGAUUCAUCGUCGGCAUCGGAGCUAGAUCCGACCCCAGCGCCCGUAUCAGGACUAGGGUGGAGAGUAGCGCCAUCAAGUUCAAUUGCCACCGGGUUGUCGGUAUUGUCACCGCCAGUGGAAUCAUCAUGACAACUAGGGUUAUAGACGAAAGGGUCACCGAGCUGGGAGUCGUUUGGUAUUCCACCGAGUAUUUGACGUGGCUGGCCAACUUGAAUCGAUCGAUGAAGAGCUUGACUGGCUCUGCGAACAUCACCAGCCUGAGUGAUUCGAACAACGAAAAACAUCCGGCGAGCUGUGUUGUCAGAAAUAGGAUGACCAGCUAUCUGAAAAACCCGACGUAUUUCAUUUUCUGA